ACCUAUAACAAAGAAUCCGCGUGCAUAACCUCAAAUCUCGCGAGAAGCCGCGAGGUUUUUAGCACUUUGACAUUCGAACUUUGUAAUUCUGCCUUUGGGUCUCUGUCGGCUGUUUACGGCGAAAGUGAACAGACCUGUCGCCUAUAUGGUUUAUCUGUACUGUUUAAAGAGGUAUCCUGACACGGUAAAUUAACUGUAAACGCGUACAGUCGUAGCAGUCUGACUCAAAAACACAAGUCGUUUCAGACGUCGUGUCGAACCCGACAGUUAGCUAGGUGGCUAACGGAGUUUUGUUGGCUCGCGCGCGGCGUACAGACAAGCUGGAGAUAAUCGAGGAUGACGAUGCAAGUCUUCUGGUGAAACAGAAGCUCGGAUCAUAUUUGGAACCUUGUGCAACCUUGUGGCUUACAACUGCAAAUCAAGUAUUACAGCCUGGCCUUUUCAUGUCACACCUUAUGUUGAACGAACACUACCUAUAUUUUGGCGUACAAUGGAUGACCAUAGUUUAACAGUUCAUGUGCAUUAUCAGUUUGUGCUAGACUGUGAACUGUUCUCUCCCUGCUUCAUUUAUAGUGCUCUUCCAGUGCGUUUCUCAAGCCCUUUAGCCCAUAAGAUCCUUGACUUUAUUUGAGCAAUCCCCAAAAAACUUUAGUAUUUUUCAGUAUAUUUAUUUAAGUAUAUGGAAGUUAUCUAGGUCUGUCUCCUCACUCUGUGAGUGGAGUUAUGUCUGAAAGUUUUAGAGAAAAGAUGGUCAAGUUCCUGUCCCCUGCUUCAAAGAACUCCAAUGGCUCCAAUUCAGACACACAGUUGGGUGAACGGAUUGGUCCGGAAGUCCGUCGUAGGCACCACACCAUGGAGCGGGACUCGAAAGCUGAGCAUCGAUUUGUUCGGCGCAGUGUUAUUUGUGACUCGAACGCCACGGCUUUGGAACUUCCUAGCAAAAUUGUUUUCCUGAAUGCACCGCUGGAGUUUUCAACUGCACCCACUGAUCCUAACGCAGAUGAAAUUAAAAUCACAUCUCAGACUGAGAGCACUACGCAGACUGAUGGGCCCAAUGUUGUUGAGAAUGUGGAGGGUGAUAAAGAUGGCAUCCAAGAGCAGAUAGUUGCAGAGCAGAGGCCGGUCGUGUCAGCCUGUCCGGUUGUGGAGACAAAGCAAGAACCAUGUCUGGAUCCAAACAGCAAGACAUCGGAGCAGGAGUUAGGCAGUAGCGUAGGCACAAAACAGGAAAAUGAUAAGGAGGAAGAUGAAGACAAGGUGAAGGCUCGUGUAGAGUCAGGGCAACAGCGAGGGGCUGAGAAGAAGGAGCAAGAGGACAUAGAGGAGGUGGAGACGAAGGCUGUUGGAACUUCGCCCGAUGGACGAUUUUUGAAGUUUGACAUUGAGAUUGGACGUGGUUCAUUCAAGACUGUGUAUAAAGGAUUGGAUACAGAGACAACAGUGGAGGUGGCAUGGUGUGAAUUGCAGGACCGUAAGUUGUCCAAGUCAGAGCGACAACGCUUCAAGGAAGAAGCAGGUAUGCUGAAGGGCCUGCAGCACCCCAACAUUGUGCGCUUCUAUGAUUCCUGGGAAGCUCCCUGCAAAGGGAAGAAAUGUAUAGUGCUUGUGACAGAGCUCAUGACAUCUGGCACCCUAAAGACGUAUCUGAAGCGGUUUAAGGAGAUGAAGAUCAAAGUCCUAAGAAGUUGGUGUCGGCAAAUCCUGAAAGGUCUUCACUUCCUUCAUACGAGGUCUCCUCCUAUCAUCCACCGUGACCUCAAGUGUGACAACAUCUUCAUCACUGGGCCCACCGGAUCUGUUAAGAUCGGUGACCUGGGCCUUGCUACUCUCAAGAGGGCUUCUUUUGCCAAGAGUGUGAUAGGUACCCCUGAGUUCAUGGCGCCUGAGAUGUAUGAGGAGAAGUAUGACGAGUCAGUGGAUGUCUAUGCCUUUGGGAUGUGUAUGCUGGAGAUGGCUACUUCUGAGUACCCGUACUCCGAGUGCCAGAAUGCGGCACAGAUCUAUCGCAGAGUGACCAGCGGAGUGAAGCCUGCCAGUUUUGAUAAGGUAGCCUUUCCUGAAGUCAAAGAAAUCAUCGAAGGAUGCAUUCGUCAAAACAAAGACGAGAGAUAUUCCAUCAAGGACCUGCUGAACCACGCCUUUUUUCAGGAAGAAACAGGGGUUCGCGUUGAGCUUGCUGAAGAGGAUGAUGGUGAAAUGGUGGCUAUCAAACUAUGGCUGCGCAUUGAGGAUGUUAAGAAGCUCAAAGGGAAAUACAAGGAUAACGAGGCCAUUGAGUUUUCCUUUGACCUCCACAAAGAUGUCCCAGAGGAUGUGGCACAGGAGAUGGUUGACUCAGGCUAUGUGUGUGAGGGUGAUCAUAAGACCAUAGCCAAGGCUGUGAAGGACCGUGUGGCUCUGAUCUGUAGGAAGAGGGAACAGCGGAAGCUUGUGCGGGAAGAACAGGAGAAGAGGAAGCAGGAAGAGGAAAGGGGUCAGCAGCCUCCCAGUGAGCCAAUUCCUGCUGACUCCUCCACCACAAAGCCUCACACGUCGACUUUGACACCAGUUCCCAUAGAGACAGAGGAGACAGAGGGGGAGCAGCACCACCUGCAACAGCAGCCUGGAGUGUCUGUUUCAUCUGUAGGUGGUAUAGAGGGCCAGUAUUCACUGAUUGCAUCCGAGUCUCAUCCUGUUCAGCCGGUGCUGCCUACUUAUAGCUCUAUGCAGCCUGAGCAACACCCUCAGACCUCUGCCACACAACACAGCUCUCAUUCCCAACUUCCUCAGCAGCAUGCUGUCCACCUACAUGGUCUGCAGCCACAUGUUCCAUCCUCACAAGGAAGCAGUACUCAACCUUUGAUUCCUGUAUCCCAUACUGAAUAUAUUGCUCCACAACAGACCACUUCUGUUCAGCCUAGCACCUCCCAACAGCCUAACCAGCCCCUGAUGGACACUGCACCACAGAGCUCAACUCAUCCACCACCACCACACAGUUCUCAGGUGACCCAGGCUCCUCUAAGUGUUUCCCAGUCUCCAGAUCAGACUCAAACACAGGCCCUGCUGAUUCCACCAUCUGCAGAGAGUGGCCUGUCAGAUGCAGCUUCAGGGUUGAGCGAUGGGAAUGAGAGCAAGCAGGAGGCUAGUUCCACAAAGCGCCACCAGCGUCGCUCAGUCCGUAGUCGUUCACGUCAAGACAAGUCUGCCAAGCCCAAGCUUGUUGUGCUUAAUAUUUCCAAUAUUGGUGACCGAGUGGCUGAAUGCCAGCUAGAAACCCACAACAGGAAAAUGGUGACGUUUAAGUUUGAUCUGGAUGGGGACAACCCUGAAGAAAUUGCACACAUCAUGGUCGAGAGUAACUUCAUUCUGGAGAGUGAGCGUGAGUCCUUUAUAGAUCAGGUGCAAGAGGUUAUAGACAUGGCAGAUGAGAAAAGAGAAGCUGCUAAAGACGGCUAUUCUCAGGUGAUAAAUGAUGCAAAACAAGUACCUGAUUUAUCGAGUCCAAUUCUGCCAGGCCUGCCACCCAGCAUGGCUGCACAGGUGGUGCACUCAGCAGGGCGGCGUUUCAUUGUCAGCCCUGUACCAGAAUCCCGACUUCGAGAGUCAUUUUUUGGCCCUCCAUCAGCUAGCACAUCAUUUGGAGAUGAACUAGCAGUGUCUGAUCCUGCCCCAGCUAACUAUACACAACAGGGGCAAACCAUUCUGUCUCCCAACACCAGUCAGCCCUCAGUAUUACCCCCUCAACCUGUAUACCCAGGCUCAGUUGCAGUUGCUCAAAGCACCUCUGUAAAUGUGCCUGUUGGUUCCACUUCCCCAUCUACUUCUGCCCAAAUACCCCAGACAGGCAGGAUAUCUCCUUCCCUUGCCCCAUCAGAUCAGCCCAUUACUCCACGUCGUACCUCUCUUCCCACUCCAACUAUUCCCUACCAGCUUCCUGAGAGCAGCAUAACUGUUCCAACCUCUACUUCAGAACAGCUGACUCCUGGCCCCAGUUCUACCCCCACACCUCUACCUGUAGUUGUUGGGGAGAGUGAGGGGGAGAUGCAGGGAAAAUCUCCAGGCAUCGAGGAUAUCCAGGCACUGGACAAGAAGCUUCGUUCUCUUUUCCAUGAUCAGAGUUCGUCCUCUGGCUCCUCAGCCCAGCCUGAUCCAUCAGAUGUGGCCCCUACCUCCUCACCUCCCAACACCAUCAGUUCUCCACCGCCUGGCCUGGCAUCGACUGCAGGCCAUGUGACACCAUCUAGCUUGUCUUUGAGCUCCAGUGGGCACUUUGCUCCUGGCAUGUUUGCCUCUCAAAGCCAAGGAGGUUCAGUUACUGUACAGGUGCAAACUAGUCAAGUUGAUACUGGUGUAGCAAGACUGCAGAAUUCUGUUAUUGGACCCCAAGACUGCCUGACCACUGUAGAGAACAACCAACCCGUGAUGCCAUCAACUAGUGAAGGUUUCAGACGUGGUCGAUUUCAGGUUUCUGUGUCCACUGAUGAAGCCGUGGAAAGUGCCUCUUGCCAGAUUACCAUGCCGUCAUCUUCAUCUAUAACUACUUCUUCGUCUACAUCCUCAACAUCCUCAGCAGGCUCAAGCCCUGAAAAUACCGUUCAUAAGUAUCAAACCCUGCCAAGCCCCGGGCAUGACCCUUCUUCUGCACCUACUCCUUUUCCUUCUACUACAUUUGGGCGCUUUCAGGUGACCUCAGAUGUCAAAGUUGGACGUUUCUCAGUUACUCCAGCUACAAAAGAGGAUGCAGACACAAAAGAAGAGGAAGAUGUUGGUGUAUCCAGUGUAUCCACAGUCCAACCUAACUCCCAGUGCUUCUUAAGCAGCGAUGACUCUGAGCCAGAGGAUGAAGCCUUUAAGAAAGCGAUCAGACAGCUCAGGGAGAGGCAUAUGACUGAGAUCCAGGCCUUGCAGUCUAAGCAAAAGAAGGAGAUUGAUGUGCUGUAUUCAAGGAUGGGCAAAACGCGUCCCACUAUAGUGGCGUCCUCGCCUGUAGCUCUGGCAGGAAGCAGACGUAGGCUCACCAAAAGCAAGAGCAACAAAUCCAGCCGCAGUGGCAGCAUCCACAGCAGUCCUCAUCAGCAAGUAGAUAGACGAAACAAACAGGCUUCAGUCAGACAGUUGACAGAAGGACAGGUUCCAGAUCUUCCGGAUACACUUGCUCAGGAUGUUCAGACAGAAGGGCCCACCAUGACAAAUAAAGAAGAAAAUGUGUCAAGUCAAGCUGCUAACCUUCCACGAAAAGGCACAUUUACAGAUGACCUCCACCAGCUGGUGGAUGAUUUUGCUCGGGACGCCAUGAGCCACUCACAGGUCAAAAAGAAUAGUAAACAAAAUUCACAAAGCCUUGAUACAAUUCCUCGUAAGUUCUCUGCACCAGGACAGCUGUGCUCCAUGGGUGGUCCUAUAUGUGCUCCUUGCUCCAACACUUCUGCUGGAAGGAAAGGUUCAUUGUGCUUGACAUCUCAGCAGCACACCUACCCUUGUGCCCCUUAUGUUCACACACAGUGGCCAGCAGCAAAUGCAACAAGCUUGUUACAGCCUACAACCACAAAUGCUCUCCAGCCAGGUUUCCCUGCAGGAGCUCCCAAAGCAGGAAAUAAUGGUGGAAACAAUGUGCGGACCACUCAUGCAAGCUGAAAUAAAGGGAUGUCACAAGGCACAUGGAUUUAACUUAAUUGUCUGUGAAUGGUUUUCAAUCACCUAUAACCAAAUUUUAGUUCCAGCCUAGACUUAAUCUCUGUCUAGCAAACCACCUUUACAGGAGGCAGCAUAGUACAGUAAACAGGAGUAUACGCUGAAACCUCUGAAGCUAGUCUCUAUUUUAAUCUGUGGGGAAAAUGUAACUAGACUGUUUACAGUAAACAGCAGCUAGAAAGCCUGUGAGGGUCUCAUUCUGUGACUUGGUUAGUAUUGUUGUGAAUUUUUUUCCAGAGAAGACCAGGAGACUUGGAUUUCCUUGUACAGUAGUCUUUAUUGUAGAGACAUGAUGAACACGAACGAGUCUUCAAGUCAGAACGUACUGGCACGGGUGCUGCAGUCAUUAAGUCUGACUUAAAGAUGUAAUGCAUUGUAAUUAUACACAUUUUAGGGGGCAGUCCCUUCAGAUAGAAACAAAACACUCGGGUGACAACCAAAGCAUGGAAAUAUGUAAUCACCCACCCUUAAUCUCAUUAACAUGAGUCGUACUCGGACCACUUCAUUAUCAUAGGAAUGAGUUCACCUCUUAUGCUCGGCAUUCCUUCGUGACUCAGACUUUGAAACAAAUGGCCACCUUAAACAAUGUGACAAAUGGCACAAAGAGAUGGGUGAUAUCCUGAGUUACAUUGCCAUUUCCUUUCAUAUUAAUGUGAGACAGGAACCACAAGCCUAAUGUAAAGUUUGAAUUUCACUAGCAUUGUCAAUUGAUUUGGCUUCUACAUGAUACACAAAUAUAUACUAGAAAUAAAACAAGGACUUAUUUUCCUACAAUUUACCCCAUUGAGAGUUUUAAUAACUCUCACAAAAGAUUUGUCAGUAAUAACAAAAAAAAAAGUCUUUAGGACUUUAACAUAGAGCCAGUAUUUUUGCAACUUUAGAGAAAUACUUUUUUCUUUUUUUGGUGUCCCUUAAUGUGAUUUAACUUUAAUAGUUCUUUGUUGUUUUCUGAAGUCCAUAGCUUCUGCUGUGCACAUUGUAGCUUGAUAUAUGAUGUCGAUUUUGUCUUCAGGUAAAUGAAGACAGGAAGAAUUGUUGUUGUCUGCCAGUCCUGAGCUGUAGAUCUGCAGAUGUCUUCAAAUGUCAGUGCUUUGGUGCAACUGUUGCCUUGGUUGUCAAUGUUUUCCAGUCGUUGUAUCUGUACUGGUCUGUGUGCCCUAGUCUAUCCCUGCAGGUGGUGGAACUUCUUUACAGUGUGAGACAUGGGUCCAAGUUCCUUUUCCUUUACAUAGUAGCAUUCUGCCAACUUCCUUCACUACUUCCCCUUAAAAUGUGUCCUGUUUGCUCUCUCUGCUUGACCUGAUGCUUGUGGCCUAUAUGGACAAUGAAGAUUCCACUUCAUUUUAAGCAUUCAGGCAACUUUCAAUUUAUCUACAACUACCAAGACAUCAGUCUUUCCCUUACAUGGGGGCAUUGAGAUGUAAUCUAUUUGUAAGUGUCUAAAAGGCCCUGGUGGAGCUGGCUUUUUCUGCGCACAGCUAGGGACUUUGGCCCGAUAAUAUUCUUCAGUAUCCUAAGGACCCCUUCUCGAAAGUUUGAAAUCAGAAGUAUUCACAGUAAUUCCUAAACAAUUCUUCCCUGAUCAACGGAGGAUAACACAAAUUUUUAACUCUUCCCUGAUAAAGCAGAGGAUAACCACAUGUGUACUGGUCUGUAGGUUCUUUGGAUAGAGUGACACUCACUUUGCAAUGGUGCAAUGUUUUGAGUAACUUUGGUGAGAUGAGAAGCUCUUGUCUGGGUCACGGCACCAUCUGUUGUGAACUUUUUCCAGAGAAGAUCAGGAGACUUGGAUUUCCUUGUACAAUAGUCUUUAUAGUAGACACACGAUGAACACGAGUCUUCAUGGCAGAACCUACUGGCACGGGCGCUGCAGUCAUCAAGUCUGGCAAAGUUGUAAUGCGUUGCAAUUACACACAUUUUAGGGGGUAGUCCCAUCAGAUUGUCAACCGAGUGUUUUGUUUCUAUCAAAGCAUUAAAGGAUGUAACAGCCCCACACCAAAUCCUGGAAUUUCACCCACCCUUAGUCCCAUUAACAUGAAUGAGUUCACCUCUUUUGCUUGGCAUUCCUUCUUGACUCAGACCGUGAAACAAAUGGCCACCUUAAACAAUGGGACAAAUGUCAAUAUAUCCGAGGGAUGUGUUAUAGGACAAUAAGACCUUGGGCCUUACAGGGUGGAUGUGUACAAAUUUAUGGACAGUGCUAGAUUAAGACAAAACUAAAGCUUAAAUGGCCUUAAUUACUAAGCAUUGGUCUCUUUAAAUGGGGAUGCAUGGAUGUCAUGCUUUAUAAUGUAAAAAAAGUUCUUAGUAUGCAGCUAAAUGGUAAACAUUUUCUUAAGCAGCUUGCCGUUUAGCUUAAAUGUGUCCUUAUCUACACUGUAUAGUAAUUAAAACCAGCGUGAUGAGUUUGGAUUAUAAAUGCUGCCAGUACAAAUCUUCUGUACCUAAGAUAGACAGCAAUAAAUGGGAUGAAUAAAGUAAGUUUGUGGCAAGAUGGAGCAAGGAAAAGCUUUGGUUUGGUUGAAACCGAGAUUCAGGUUUAAAUCAUAAAGUUAUUGCAUAGUCAUGUAGUGAGGGGACCUGCUUGUUUUUAAAUAUCGAAACGUUAAAUGUUUAUCAAAAAAAUCUUCAAAAAUCUUAGAAUUUGACCUAAAACCAGAUGUGCAAUAUAUGAAGGUUAAAUAAGCAGGGUGAUGGAGCACUUGACAAACCUUACACCUUUUUCCAUUCUAAGUAUUUGCAUUGUGACUUUUGUAUGUGAUUGUAUUUGACUAUACAUCAACUCCUACUGUAAGUAGAUGGAUGUAUCGAGGGCAUGUGGGUUGUAGGCGUUCUGCAGUGGCUACAGCCUGUAGCUUUCUGCAGAUCCCUGGACUGCAUGCUUAUGGGGUGCCUUCUUAAAUGAUUUUAUUUGAUGUGCUAGCAUUGAUGCACAGGUAUCCCCUAUAUAAUGAAUUUUCUCUCAAUCUAAUUGUCCACACUGGCUAUUACUAUAGUGCUCAAAUUGGUAGAAAGUUCUCUUGGAUGAAAAAAUCAAUCACCGUAUAUAGAUAUGUUGCUGUGAAGUAAAUUAACAAUAUAUCUAAAAAUUUACUUGCUGCAGAUUACAGUAUUGCACAAUUUGUCUUUAUACUCUCAAUACCACUCUCCUAAACAUAAUUAUUAUACUAAGCCACAAACACAGUGCCAUUCCCACACAGAAGUGAUUUUCUCUCACCUCUGAAAUGAUUCGCUCGACUUCUCUAGAGAAGGAAAAACGUUACUGCAAUGCAGAAUAUGCACCGUUUUAAAAGGUUAAGCAGGCUCUGGAGGCUGAUGUUACUUUUGAUACUUGAGUGCAUAAAUUUUUCUAAACCUUUUCUUUAAUCAUAUUUUCAUAACCACUUGGUUGGUCACAACUGUUUUUAAAGUACCACUCUCACACAAAUCCAGCUAUAAUACUUGCAUUGUUCUCAAUACUGCAUGUGUUUAACCCGGAAUAUUUCAACUGUUUAUUAAAUCAGCAUUAAACUUUUAGGUUAGAAAAAAAGGUAAUAUUGCUAAAGCAUCGAUUCUCAGUUUUGUUUCAUGUCUUUUUUGGUGAUUAUAUUGAUGGUUGUGUUAAUCUUGUUUUGUUUUUUUUAAGUGUAUAUACACCAGAGAUGAAUUAAAACAUUUUGGAAAUGU